CGCCCACUCGCCCCGAGGCCUCCGCUUCCAGGCGGCUCUUCGCUCUCCGGUUCGGAUCCUGCGGAUGGUUUUGGCUCUAUCUUCAUGUAGGACCUCCUACCUAUCCCGCCCGCCGCGGUGAAUUUCACCUGCGGUGCUUUAACUUGUGCAACAGAGACACUGUCCCUGGGAGAGGUGGAAAGGACGGGUUAACCGGAGAGUAGAGACGCGGGUUGGGAUCUGCGUGGGUGCCAGUGCCCUCUGCCCUCCACGGAGUGGUGGGGAACGAGGGAAGGUGAACUUCCCCUCCGAGAUUCUGGGGCUGGGCUUCAUCGUCAGACCUUCUCACCAGUUCCUGUCCUUUCUUUUGUGUCCUGGACUCCAGAUACCUCGACUCUCAGUACUUUGUGCACAGCCCAGGCCCAGAGCCAUGGCUAUCUCCUCUUCUUCCUGGGAACUGCCGCUGGUGGCUGUGUGCCAGGUAACAUCAACACCAGACAAACAGGAGAACUUUAAAACAUGCGCUGAGCUUGUUCGAGAGGCUGCCAGACUGGGUGCUUGCCUCGCUUUCCUGCCUGAGGCAUUUGACUUCAUUGCAAGGGACCCCGCAGAGACACUACGCCUGUCUGAGCCACUGGGUGGGAACCUUCUGGGAGAAUAUACCCAGCUUGCCAGGGAAUGUGGACUCUGGCUGUCCUUGGGUGGUUUCCAUGAGCGAGGCCAAGACUGGGAGCAGACUCAGAAAAUCUACAAUUGUCAUGUGCUUCUGGACAACAAGGGGUCAGUAGUGGCCACUUACAGGAAGACCCAUCUGUGUGACGUGGAGAUUCCAGGACAGGGGCCUAUGCAUGAGAGCAACUCUACCAUUCCUGGGCCCAGUCUUGAGUCUCCGGUCAGCACACCAGUAGGCAAGAUUGGUCUAGCUAUCUGCUAUGAUAUGCGGUUUCCUGAACUCUCUCUGGCAUUGGCUCAGGCUGGAGCAGAAAUACUUACCUACCCUUCAGCUUUUGGAUCUGUUACAGGCCCAGCCCACUGGGAGGUGUUGCUGCGGGCCCGUGCCAUUGAAACCCAGUGCUACGUAGUGGCGGCAGCACAGUGUGGGCGCCACCACGAGAAGAGAGCAAGCUAUGGCCACAGCAUGGUGGUGGAUCCCUGGGGAACAGUGGUGGCCCACUGUCCUGAAGGACCAGGCCUCUGCCUUGCCCGAAUCGACCUGCGUUACCUGCGGCAGUUGCGCCAACACCUGCCCGUGUUCGAGCACCGCAGGCCCGACCUCUACGGCACUCUGGGCCACCCGCUGCCUUAAGACUUUGACUUCUGGGACUUGAGACUCCCACUGUGGGCUGGCGUGGCCGGGACCUGAAGGCAGGGCCCAGGCGCAGCUCCCCUCACUUGAAGAACCUUGACUUUCUCGAUGGAACACAGGCUCAGCUUCUUGGGAAAGAAGAAACUUUCACCUGAGCUCAGAUUUCAGCUUCAGAAAGGUGGACUUUUAUAUAGUCACUGUUUAUUUCAUGAAAACUGAAGUUAUGCUGAGGGCUGAGCAGCACUGGCAUUGGAAAAAAUAUAAUCAUCAAAAGUC